UUUUAUAUCACUAUAUUCAAUUCGUAACAGUUUGAAUUGUAUGAUGAUGAAAUGUAUAUUCUACGAUAAGAAUUAUUGAUAAAAUAAUAUAUGUUAUUUCAUAGAAAUAUUUUAAUUCAUUUAAAUCACGCGUUUCGUUUAUAUGAAACUCUACCAGGAAACUUUUCGUAUUUAUUUAGUCAAGAUUGAAACAAGUGCACGAUAAAAAUUUAUUAAGGUUAAGCUCUUCGAUUGUUUUAAAAUUGAAAAAUAUAACUCGAUAUGGCAAAAGUAAUAGCACAAAUGACAAAAUGCACUGUAAGAACAUUUCCACAUAUUUCGAGAAAAAGCUUAUUUAAUAUUUCUGCCAUAAAAAUAUCGUUACAUGUUUCACGUUCCAUCACUAGUACCCGUUGUUUAAAUAUCAAAAGAUUAUACACGGAAAAACACGAAUGGAUAACAAUUAAUGGUAAUGUAGGUAUAAUUGGAAUAUCCAAUUAUGCACAAGAAGCAUUGGGAGAUGUUGUUUAUGCUCAGCUUCCAGAUAUUGGAUCUGAAAUAAAAAAAGAAGCUGAAUGUGGAGCUUUAGAAUCAGUGAAAGCUGCUUCUGAAUUAUUUAGUCCUGUAAGUGGGAAGGUAGUAGAAAAGAAUGAAGCAGUUGAAAAAACACCUAGUUUAAUUAAUACUUCUUGUUAUGAAAAAGGAUGGUUAUUUAAAGUAGAAUUAAGUAAACCUGACGAACUAAAAAGUCUGAUGAAUGAGGAAGCAUAUAAUCUAUAUUUAAAAUCUGAUCCAUCAUGAAUAUAAUAUAUUUUCUAUAUGUACAUGAAAAUAAUUAGUAAUGAUUUAAUUUUUAUCAUUUUCAAUUGUUUAUCAUUAAUGAAAAAAGUAUGAACAUUUUUAUUUAUUUUAAAUUUUAUAAUAAUCAUGCAUGAUGUUUUAGUAGUUUAACGUUAUAUUAGUCAAUUGUGAAAUUACAAUUUACAGUUGUUUAACUAAGUAAAAAAAAAAAAAAAAUAGUGCCUUUAUAAAUUAUAUUAUUAUAAGAAUUGAAUAUAUUGUACUUUUGAUUUUGUAUCUUCAAAUAUAAAAAAAUAAUUUGUUUUAAAUUUUGUUUAAUAAGGCACAAUUUUAUAUAUGAGAUUAGGCAAUAUGAUUAAUAAAUUUAAUAUAAAAAUGUAAACAUUAUGAAUUAAAAAUAUGAAGAUGUGUGCAGUAGUUAGCUGAUGUCUUUAUUAACCACUGUGCAUUUUCUUAUGUUGUUAUCAUAUUUGUACAAAGCAAACAAAUGUUUUAAUAUACAUGUUAUUCGGUAUACGAAUGACACCAUUGUUACAAAUUAUAAUAAACUUUGUGUUGUACAUAAA